CAUUCGUCAAGAUUAUUGUAGCACCGAAAGGGUUAAUUACGUUCGACUCAAAUGCAGCUAGACUGAGCUUCGCCUUUAUACCACUUGAGAUUUUAGCAAUUCGUUCCAUUUUUUGACGUAAAUUAAUUUUUCCACGGGACAAUAAAGAUCCUAUUGUUAUAAUAACCAUUAUUAGUAACAGGGUGUGUGGAUAACAGUAUUGCUGUUGUUUUAUAUAGAAUUCCUUACCCUUUUCCAACAACGUUCUAAUAGAAACAAACGAAUACCCAACAACAUAGCUGUCAAGUUGCGACUACACUAACAGUGAUUCCGGCAGUCAUUGAAAGAGGUGGCGAUGACUGGAAAUAACCAAACAGCGUUAACCUACAAUCCGGAACUGAGCUACUUAGUGCUUCUGCGGCUGUUGAUCGGGCUGUUUAGACCCGACAUAGUGGACCAUGAAUCCAGGGUGAAACCAAUACUACCGGAUGACUUGCAAAGCAGUUACGAUUUCGUAAUAAUUGGGGGUGGGUCAGCCGGUUCCGUGGUUGCUAAUCGUUUAUCAGAGAAUGGUAACUGGACGGUGCUCUUGCUGGAAGCCGGCCCAGACGAACCAAACGAAUCGGACGUACCUGCCGUGUUUCCGGAUCUUCAGCAGACUCCAUUUGACUGGCAGUUUAAGACGGAACCAUCAAAAGAUUAUUGUCAAGCGUUGGAAAAUGGACAAUGCAACUGGACACGCGGCAAGGUACUCGGGGGUAGCAGCGUGUUGAACGUGAUGUUGCAUGUCCGCGGCAAUAGGAAGGAUUACGACCACUGGGAGCAGUUAGGUAAUCCAGGUUGGGACUACAAAAGCGUGUUACCCUAUUUCAAGAAGUCAGAGGAUAUAAGGAUCGAAGAGUUGAAGAAUUCUCCCUAUCACAAUACCGGUGGACACCUGACCGUCGAGCAUUUUAGGUACCGGACUCCUAUAACGAACUAUUUGAUAAAGGCAGGCCAAGAUAUGGGAUACGACAUUGUGGACAUCAACGGACCUACUCAAACCGGAUUCACAUUUUCCCAGGCCACGAUAAGAAACGGGCUACGUUGUAGCACUGCGAAGGCUUUUUUACGAUCAGCUUCUAAGAGAACGAAUCUACACGUUAGCGUGCUCUCAACUGCAGAGAAGAUUCUGGUUCGCACAGAUGGACAAUCGAAGACCGCGCAUGGCGUGCAAUUUCGUGUUGGAUCGAAACUCCACAAGGUAAACGCGAAUCGCGAGAUCAUUUUGUCCGCUGGUGCGAUACAAUCGCCACAAUUGCUGAUGGUGUCUGGUAUUGGUCCGAAAGAUCAUUUGAAGGAAAUGGGAAUCCCAUUGGUGCAGGAUGCACCCGGGGUGGGUGAAAAUCUUCAGGAUCACGUGAUGAUAGACGGUAUGACUUACUCAGUAGAUCCACCAAAGGAUUGUAUGAACAACAUGCCUUUUACAUAUGAUUUUGUGAAAACCAUUACGCCGGAUACGAUCACGGAAUUCGCUGUGAAUUGUACUGGGACCCUGUAUGCGAUGCCCUUUGGUGAUGCCAUGGGUUUCAUUAACAGCAAGUAUGCAAACAAGUCCGCGGAUUAUCCAGACUUAAGCAUCACCUUGGGAUCUUCAGGCAAUAGUAUAGCCGGUGGUGUCUUCAAGCAGAGGGCUAACAAGAAGAUCGGACAGUACUCAAACACAUACAGGACAACUUCAUAUCUGCCAAGACCUCGGAGCAGAGGAUACAUUAAAUUGCGUUCCAAGGACGUGCAUGAGCAUCCGAUCAUCGUUCCAAAUUACUUUCAGGAUCCUCACGAUCUCGAUGUUCUGAUGGAAGCAGCGAAAUUCAUUCACGCAAUGAGCGAGACCCCGACAAUGAAGCAGUUGAACACACGAGCGAAUCUAACCAGUAUUCCACAGUGCUCGUCGUUACCGUUUCCAUCGGACGAUUAUUGGAGAUGUCACGUGCGAUUUUUUUCAAUGACGACUUAUCAUCCGUGCGGGACAUGCAAAAUGGGACCAGCGAACGACUCCAUGGCUGUCGUGGAUUCUAGACUAAAGGUUCACGGAAUUUCUGGACUACGGGUGAUCGAUGCUUCGAUUAUGCCGAACAUCGUAUCUGGAAAUAUUAAUGCGCCGACUAUUAUGAUAGCUGAAAAGGCUGCCGACCUGAUUAAGGAAGAUUGUAAAUAUAAAUUAAAUACUGCAUUUAGUAAUACUGACAGUACUAUUGAGUACAGUUUAUUAAAUAUCAGUACUAAACGGAAGAACUUAAUCGAUAAAGCUUUUUUACCAGAACAUCGAGAUCGUGAGGAUCCUGAAAAGAUGGCGAUUAGAGGCAAACUUGCUGUUUUCCGAACAGUGUUAACCUACAGCCCGCAACUGAGUUUCUUAGUACUUCUGAGACUGUUGAUCGGGCUGUUUAGACCCGACAUAGUGGACCAUGAAUCCAGAGUGAAACCAGUACUUCCAGCUAACUUGCGAUGUAGUUACGAUUUCGUGAUAAUCGGAGCUGGGUCAGCCGGUUCCGUGGUUGCUAAUCGUUUAUCAGAAAAUGGUAACUGGACGGUGCUCUUGCUGGAAGCCGGCCCAGACGAACCAAACGAAUCGGACGUACCUGCCAUGUUUCCGGAACUUCAGCAGACUCCAUUUGACUGGCAGUUUAAGACGGAACCAUCAGAAGAUUAUUGUCAAGCGAUGGAAAAUGGACAGUGCAACUGGCCACGCGGCAAGGUACUCGGGGGUUGCAGCGUGUUGAACGCGAUGUUGUAUGUCCGCGGCAACAGGAAGGAUUACGACGAAUGGGAGCAGUUAGGUAAUCCAGGUUGGGACUACAAAAGCGUGUUACCCUAUUUCAAGAAGUCAGAGGAUAUAAGGAUCGAAGAGUUGAAGAAUUCUCCCUAUCACAAUACCGGUGGACACCUGACCGUCGAGCAUUUUAGGUACCGGACUCCUAUAACGAACUAUUUGAUAAAGGCAGGCCAAGAUAUGGGAUACGACAUUGUGGACAUCAACGGACCUACUCAAACCGGAUUCACAUUUUCCCAGGCCACGAUAAGAAACGGGCUACGUUGUAGCACUGCGAAGGCUUUUUUACGAUCAGCUUCUAAGAGAACGAAUCUACACGUUAGCGUGCUCUCAACUGCAGAGAAGAUUCUGGUUCGCAUAGAUGGACAAUCGAAGACCGCGCAUAGCGUCCAAUUUCGUGUUGGAUCGAAACUCCACAAGGUAAACGCGAAUCGCGAGAUCAUUUUGUCCGCUGGUGCGAUACAAUCGCCACAAUUGCUGAUGGUGUCUGGUAUUGGUCCGAAAGAUCAUUUGAAGGAAAUGGGAAUCCCAUUGGUGCAGGAUGCACCCGGGGUGGGUGAAAAUCUUCAGGAUCACGUGAUAAUAGGCGGUAUGAAUUACUUGAUAGAUCCACCAAAGGAUUGUAUGAACAACGAACCUUUUACAUUUAAUUUACUGCAAACCAUUACGCCGUAUACGAUCACGGAAUUCGCUGUGAACCAUACUGGGACUCUAUAUUCGAUGCCGUACUGUGAAGCCAUGGGUUUCAUUAACAGCAAGUACGCAGACGAGUCUGCGGAUUAUCCAGACUUACACAUCGCCCUGGCAUCUACAGGCGAUCAUAUGGGCGGUGGUGUCUUUAUGAAGAGGCCUGGCAAGGAGAUCAUACCGUACGCAGACGCAUAUGGGGCUAUUUCAUAUCUGCUAAGACCUCGAAGUAAAGGAUACAUUAAAUUGCGUUCCAGGAACGUGCAUCGGCAUCCGAUAAUCGUUGCAAAUUACUUUCAGGAUCCUCACGAUCUCAAUGUUCUGAUAGAAGGAGCGAAGUUCAUUCAUGGUAUGAGCGAGACCCCGACAAUGGAGCAGUUAAACGCACGAGCGGAUCUAAACAGUAUUCCACAGUGUUUGUCGUUACCGUUUCCAUCGGACGAUUACUGGAGAUGUUACGUGCGAUUUUAUUCAAUGUCGAUUUUUCAUCAGAGCGGGACAUGCAAAAUGGGACCAGCGGCGGAUCCCAUGGCUGUCGUGGACUCUAGACUAAAAGUUUAUGGAAUUUCUGGACUACGGGUGGUCGAUGCUUCGAUUAUGCCGAACAUCGUUUCUGGUAACACGAAUGCGCCGACUAUUAUGAUAGCUGAAAAGGCUGCAGAUAUGAUUACCAAAGAAUGGAAAAUGUGUUAA